AUGGCUCCUUCUGAUUUCAAUCUAUACGUGGCACGACAGCCUGACCUCAGUAGCCUUUCAUCUGGACAGACUUUAGCGAGGAAUACCACAGCAAGCAACAACAUCAGCCCAGCGAUCGCGCCGAUGAUCAUACCAGCCAUGGCACCUCCUGCUAGAUCGCGUGAACCUGUAUUGGCAACACCGAGCUCGUUGGGAAUACCGACUGUACCACUGGAAAGCGGUCGAGAUGAGCUCGAAGGUGAAAAAGGUUGCACAGAUAUCGAUGUCUCUGUCGAUGCCCAACUCGCAGACACGUUGCCGAACAUUUGUGGUAGCAGCACUACCCUACGUUUGUCGUACAGCAACUUCUCGAUCCUCCACAACACCAUCGCUCAUUAUCUGCUUUGCCUGUGCAGGGUGUCAUCCGUGCUGUUCGCUCGGGGUUUUCGGUUUGGCAGAAGCUUAGUUAAUUCUCUCUAUUAUAUUCUGCGUCGGUACAGUAAUCGAUACACUGUUGCUUGUGAGUCUUUCUUCAAAGCUCCGUACAUCUGA